UUUACGAUUUUUGUUUUCGUAAAUUUAACUAUAUAGCAGUAAACAGAUGUAAGAAAGUGCAGUAGAUAAUAUUGUUUUCUAUAAAGUAAGUUCAAGAAACUAGUAGUAGCAUUCAUCGUGUUUUCCUUAUAAACUUCAUAUAAACACGACUCCAAAUAGUUCAAAGUCUGAAAUGGGAUUUGUUUUUGACUACCCAAUUUAAGUUAGCUUAAUGGAAAUGGAAGAAAGGCCUCUAAAUCACCAAGCCCAAUAUAUACAAAAUCAAACGCAAACUAUCAAGGAGGAAAACAUACAUAAAAAGGUCCACUUGAGGCCAGAUAACAAGCAAUGGAGCAGAGGAGUUGCAAGUGAGGUAGUUUAUGUGAAAGUAGAUCCUUUGACUGUGAACGUAGAUAUUGGGAGCUCGAACCAGCAAGUCCAAUGUGAAAUGCAGGAACCAAGCAUGUUUCAGCGGGUGGAUGCCCCAACUCUGACACAGUCGGACAUUAGUCAGAUUUUAAAUAAUUCUGAUUAUGGAGAUGACUCUUCCAAUGAAGGUGAUGACCCCAAAUUUCGUGAGCAUGAAACAGAUGCUUCAAGUGACGAUUAUAGGUCUGAUGAAGAGCAAGAUGAAGAAGGAAUGGGAACACAGAAUCAUCUAUGGAUGGGACAUAGUUAUGUAGACAAUAUGAAUAAUUUGGGGUAUGAGAAAAGUGAUCGAAGGAGUUUGCAAACUUCAAGACCUUGGUUUAGAACAAAAUUUACUCCAACUAAACCAACUCUGCACCAACCGGCUUAUCUUCCAAAUGCAAGCUCAAGUUCCAAGGAUGCUUUAGAAUAUUUCAAUGAAUACUUUGAUGAUACACUGUUUGAUAUGAUAGUUCAGAAAACAAACCAAACAGCUUCGCAAAAACAAGCUAAACCACUGAAUUUUACAAAAAUUGAGUGCAAAACAUUUUUUGGCAUAUUAAUAACAAUGUCUUGCAUAAAUUAUCCUAAAAUAAGAAUGUAUUGGAACCGAAAGUGGGCUAUAGAUCUUAUAGCAAAAGCUAUGGCAAGAAAUCGCUUUGCAACUUUAAGGAGAUCACUAAAAGUAGUAUUUGAUGAUGAAAUUUCUGAGGAAAUGAGGGCUGCAGAUCAUCUGUGGAAGGUACGUCCAAUAAUAAAUAGGGUUUUAGAAGGAUGUCACAAGCAGGAGAGACAACAGAAUAUUGCUGUUGAUGAAAUGAUUAUUCCCUUAAAGGGAACCUCUUCGAUCAAGCAAUACUGCCCAAAUAAACCUAACCCCACCGGCAUUAAAAUUGUAGUCCUAGUGAAUCCAAAUGGUAUGAUAUGCGAUUUUGUCACAUACCAAGGCGAAAAUAACUUGGCUGAAGAAAUAGUUCUAUUUUUGACAAGAACACUUGUGCCAGGUCAUGUCCUCUAUUUUAAUCGUAACUUCACAACAGUCGAAUUGGCUAAAGAGCUAAACCAAAAUGGCUUCAAAUGUGUCGGAGCGAUCAAGAAAAGCCGUCUGCCAAGAGAAGUUAAAUCUGAACUGAUUAGUGAUGAAGCAUUAGCGAAAAAACAGGGAAGUCACGAUGUUCUAGUCAGUUCAGAUGGUGAGAUGGCAGUAACUAAGUGGUAUGAUAAUAAAUCGUCAUUAUACCUAUCCACAAUUCUUGCAGCCGAAAGCAUCGGCAUACGUAAACGUUAUGACAGGAAGAAGCGCAAAACCGUACCGAUACCAAGACCAGAAGUUGCCAGGGAAUACAGGUCUAUCAUGAGCAGUGUGAAUCUGACAGAAAGACUUCUAGCUUCUUGUUACUCAAAGGCAAGAAUGAGCAAAUGGACUUUACGGUUCAUUCACCAUUUCAUGGACUUGGCUGUUUGUAAUUCAUGGUUGAAGUAUAAGAAAGAAAUGCAAACGCUGCAAGUUUCUGGCCACAAAAUAUAUCAACUUUGGGAAUUUAAAAGGCUCAUUGGCGAGCAGUUGAUAGAAUCUACUUUAAGCAAUGGAUCAGAUGGAGAAGGUGAAGAAAGUUACGUAGGUAGUAAACGAGUGUGGCGCCCUCUGGCGCCGUUGCCGUCUAAAGUGAAAAGGACUCAAGGAAAUGCGCAUAUGCCAGAAGUGGGGUCAGUGCAACGGUGCAGGAACAAGGGUUGUGAAAUGAAAACCACUAUCAGUUGUAUUACAUGCAAUAUGCACCUCUGCCUUACUCGCAAGAGAAAUUGUUUCAAACAGUUUCAUACCGAUGGCUGUUAAGUUUUAAAUGAUCUCGUUAACUAUUAAGAUGGGUUGGGGGCUCAAUUAUUAAGAUGGGUUGUUUUUAUUUUUAAGAGAAGAUAACUUUAAUAAGAAUUAACAGUUUCAAUCAAAGUUGAUUAAGAUGCUACCUAAAUGUGUUAUUUUUUGUAUAAUAAAUGGUUGAAUUGGUAAGAUAUUUUAUAA